UACCGAACAGAAUGUCCAAGAAAAUAAGGACUCAGUCUCCCCAUGAAGGCCGUUCUGCAUGCACAGAACACCUCUAUCGAUAAUCCCACUCGGGAGGCACAGAACAGCAGCUUACCAAAGACAUUCCCCUGGUGCUAGAGCUGCAGAUGAAACUCUCACUGCCUCCUGGAGAUGAAGCCAAGCUUUCCUCUUCCUUCAGCCAUGAGGAUCGCUGUUCUCCUCUUUGCCAUUCUCUUCUUUAUGAGCCAAGUUCUACCAGUCAGGGGCAACUUCAAGGAAAUCUGUGAGCGCCCCAAUGGAUCCUGCCAAUACUGCAUCGAAAAGGAGGUCUACGUGGGGACGUGUUUGGAGGCCAUGCCCAUGGGGAACCAACCGAGAAUCAAGGGCACCCGACCUAAGGACUGAGCCUCCGCUUGGUUGGAUCUCUUGUCCUCUCUGCCCCUAUCUCCUCUCCUCUCCUUCCUCACUUUUGUCUUUUUCCUCCUCUCUCUCUUUUUCACACAGGGAUUCUUAGCUGAUUUCUCAAUAAA